UGGGGGAAAGGUGUUUUCGAUUCAAAUUAAAAAAGGAGUAACAGGCACCGCUCCUCCGUCCGGGGGCCUUACCCUGCCAAGAACGCGCUCUCCGGAAUCAACACCUGGGGGCUUGGAAGGAUGUUUCAUUCAGGUGGAAUGUGGAGCUGCCACUGGAAAUGGAAGCCAAGUCCCCUUCUAAUCUUAUUUGCUUUCUAUACUAUAUGUGUUCCUCACUCAGUGUGGGGAUGUGCCAACUGCAGGGUUGUCCUAUCCAACCCUUCCGGGACCUUUACUUCUCCGUGCUACCCUAACGACUACCCUAAUAGUCAAGCUUGCAUGUGGACCCUCCGAGCCCCCACCGGCUACAUCAUUCAGAUAACGUUUAAUGACUUUGACAUUGAAGAAGCUCCCAAUUGCAUUUAUGACUCAUUAUCCCUUGAUAAUGGAGAGAGCCAGACUAAAUUUUGUGGAGCAACUGCCAAAGGCCUAUCAUUUAAUUCAAGUGCAAAUGAGAUGCAUGUGUCCUUUUCAAGUGACUUUAGCAUCCAGAAGAAAGGCUUCAAUGCCAGCUACACCAGAGUGGCCGUAUCCUUAAGGAAUCAGAAGGUCAUUCUACCCCAAACGCUGGAUGCUUAUCAGGUAUCUGUUGCAAAAAGUGUCUCCAUUCCAGAGCUCAGUGCUUUUACACUCUGCUUUGAAGCGACCAAAGUUAGCUAUGAAGACAGUGACUGGACAGCCUUCACCUACUCAAAUGCAUCCUUCACACAGUUGCUUAGUUUUGGAAAGGCCAAGAAUGGCUAUUUUCUAUUUAUUUCUGGUUCAAGAUGCUUGCUGAACAGUGCAUUACCUGUCAAGGAAAAAGAAGACAUUUUUGCAGAAAACUUUGAGCAGCUCUGCGUGGUUUGGAAUAAUUCUUUGGGUUCUGUUGGUAUAAAUUUCAAAAGAAACUAUGAAACAGUUCCAUGUGAUUCUACCAUUAGUAAAGUUAUUCCUGGGAAUGGGAAAUUGUUGUUGGGCUCCAAUCAAAAUGAAAUCGCCUCUCUAAAAGGAGACAUUUAUAACUUUCGCCUUUGGAAUUUUACCAUGAAUUCCAAAAUCCUCUCCAACCUCAGCUGCAACGUGAAAGGGAAUGUGGUUGAUUGGCAAAAUGACUUUUGGAAUAUCCCAACCCUGGCUCUGAAAGCUGAAAGCAACCUAAGUUGUGGCUCCUACCUGAUCCCACUUCCAGCAGCAGAACUAGCCAACUGUGCAGAUCUGGGGACCCUCUGUCAAGCAACUGUAAACUCUUCUGUUACCACUAACAUGCCUGUUACUAACAGAAUCGAUAAACAAAUGAAUGAUGGAAUUAUCUACAGACUAUCUCUAGUGAUUCAAAAUUUCCUUCGUCACCCUGAGAUAAAAGUUCAGAGCAAGGUGGCAGAAUGGCUCAAUUCAACCUUCCAGAAUUGGAACUAUACUGUCUAUGUGGUUAAUAUCAGUUUUCACCUGAGCACUGGGGAGGACAAGAUUAAAGUCAAGAGAAGCAUUGUGAAUGAUCAAAGGUUGGUGCUUUGGGCCCUUCUAGUUUACAAUGCUACCAACAAUACCAGUUUAGAAGGAAGAGCCAUUCAGCAGAAGCUCUUAAAAAAUAAUGAGUCCCUGGAUGAAGGUUUGAGGCUGUAUACAGUGAAUGUGAGACAACUGAAUAUAUGUCCCGCUGUGGAGGAACCCAAAGGCUAUUACUGGCCAGCCAUCACACCUUCUGAGUACCGCUUUGAUUGUCCUGACAAGCCUGGCUUUACUGCUUCACGGAUAUGUUAUCUCAACAGUACCAACACAUCAGUAGCCUUCUGGGGGCCCCCUGAUAUCUCCAACUGUUCAAAAGCAAAUGAAGUUGCCAAUCAGAUUUUAAAUUUAACUGCUGAUGGGCAGAACUUAACCUCAGCUAAUAUUACCAGCAUUGUAGAACAGGUCAAAAGAAUUGUGAAUAACGAAGAAAAUAUUGAUAUAACACUUGGCUCAACUCUAAUGAAUAUAUUUUCUAAUAUCUUAAGCAGUUCAGACAGUGAUUUACUUGAGUCUUCUUCUGAAGCUUUAAAAACAAUUGAUGAAUUGGCCUUCAAGAUAGACCUAAAUAGCACAUCACAUGUGAAUAUUACAACUCGGAAUUUGGCUCUUGGAGUAUCGUCCCUGUCCCCAGAGACAAAUAAUACAGUUUCAAAUUUUAGCAUUGGUCUUCCAAGCAAUAAUGAGUCAUAUUUCCAGAUGGAUUUUGAGAGUGGACAAGUAGAUCCAUUGGCUUCUGUAAUUUUGCCUGCAAACAUACUUGAGAACCUAAGUCAAGAAGAUGCUGUAUUAGUUAGAAGAGCACAGUUUACUUUCUUCAACAAAACCGGACUUUUUCAGGAUGUAGGACUCCAAAGAAAAACCUUAGUGAGUUAUGUGAUGGCUUGCAGCAUUGGAAACAUUACUAUCCAGGAUCUGAAGGAUCCUGUUCAAAUUAAAAUCAAACAUACAAGAAAUCAGGUAGUGCAUCAUCCCAUCUGUGCCUUCUGGGAUCUGAACAAAAACAAAAGUUUUGGAGGAUGGAACACAUCAGGAUGUGUUGCACGCAGAGAUUCAGACACCAGUGAGACAGUUUGCCUGUGUAACCACUUCACACACUUUGGAGUACUGAUGGACCUUCCAGGAAGUGCCUCACAGAUAGAUGCAAGAAACACUAAAGCCCUAACUUUCAUCACCUAUUUUGGGUGUGGAAUAUCUGCUAUUUUUUCAGCAGCAACGCUCCUGACAUAUGUUGCCUUUGAGAAAUUGCGAAGGGAUUAUCCCUCCAAAAUCUUGAUGAACUUGAGCACGGCUCUGCUGUUCCUGAAUCUCCUCUUCCUCCUAGAUGGCUGGAUCACCUCAUUCGGUGUGGAUGGACUUUGCACUGCUGUGGCCGCCCUGUUGCAUUUCUUCCUUCUAGCGACCUUUACGUGGAUGGGGCUAGAAGCAAUUCACAUGUACAUAGCUCUAGUUAAAGUAUUCAAUACUUACAUUCGCCGAUAUAUUCUAAAAUUCUGCAUCAUUGGCUGGGGUUUGCCUGCCUUGGUGGUGUCAGUUGUUCUAGCAAGCAGAAACCAAAAUGAAGUCUAUGGAAAAGAAAGUUAUGGAAAAGAAAAAGGUGAUGAAUUCUGUUGGAUUCGGGAUCCAGUCGUAUUUUAUGUGACCUGUGCUGGGUAUUUUGGAGUCAUGUUUUUUCUAAAUGUUGCCAUGUUCAUUGUGGUAAUGGUGCAGAUCUGUGGGAGGAAUGGCAAGAGAAGCAAUCGGACCCUGCGAGAAGAGGUUUUAAGGAAUCUGCGCAGUGUGGUCAGCCUGACAUUUCUGCUGGGCAUGACAUGGGGUUUUGCAUUCUUUGCCUGGGGUCCUUUAAAUAUCCCUUUCAUGUACCUGUUCUCCAUCUUCAAUUCAUUGCAAGGCUUAUUUAUAUUUAUCUUCCACUGUGCUAUGAAGGAGAAUGUUCAGAAACAAUGGAGGCGGCAUCUCUGCUGUGGUAGAUUCCGGUUAGCAGACAACUCAGACUGGAGUAAGACAGCUACCAAUAUCAUCAAGAAAAGUUCUGAUAAUCUGGGAAAAUCUUUGUCUUCAAGCUCCAUUGGUUCCAACUCAACCUAUGUUACAUCCAAAUCUAAGUCCAGCUCUACAAGCUAUUUCAAAAGAAAUAGCCACACAGACAAUGCUUCCAUGGACAAGUCCUUGUCAAAACUGACUCAUGCUGAUGGAGAACAAACAGCAAUCAUCCCUGUCCAUCAGGUCAUUGAUAAGGUCAAGGGUUAUUACAAUGCUCAUUCAGAUAACUUUUAUAAAAAUAUUAUCAUGUCAGACACCUUCAGCCACAGCACAAAGUUUUAAUGUCUUUAAUGUAAGAAAAAGGAAUC